ACAACUCACCUCAUCGAUUACUUAAUUAAAUUCCAGAAAAUCCAGCAGUGUUGCUGACUCUCUCUUUCCCCUUCUUCCUCGACUCUCUUUCUCUUUCAAACACAGUCUCAUAAAAUGCAGCCAAAAGUGUGUGCUUAAUUCUUGCUUGUUCGAGGUAAUUUUGGUGACACAUACAUUAACAACCGAAUUCAAUGGAAAUGGAAGGGGAGAGUGAGCUAGAACUUCUACAACGAUAUCGGCGCGACCGGCGUGUGCUUCUUAAUUUUAUGCUUUCUGGUAGCUUGAUUAAGAAGGUUAUACUUCCUCCUGGGGCUGUUUCAUUAGAUGAUGUGGAUCUGGAUCAAGUCAGUGUUGAUUAUGUUCUUAAUUGUGUUAAAAAAGGUGAAAUGCUUGAACUCUCUGAAGCUAUCAGAGAUUAUCAUGAUGGUUCAGAGUUCCCUUUUAUGACUAAUGGGGGCUCUAGUGAUGAUUUUUUCCUUGUUACUAACCAUGAACUUUCCGGUUCACCCCCGAGACGAGCACCACCACCAGUACCCUUAGUUGCCCCAUCAACCAUUAUUUCGAGUUUGUCAAAAUCAGAGUUUGUCGAUGAAGACAUGGUAUCAAACUCAGAGCCUUCUAUGCCAGAUACUUCUUCAAAUGUAGAUUUUCUUGCUAGGAGGAGUAUGUCACAGGCUGAAUCAUUCAGUUCAAUUCAAGCUAAAGAAUUGACUGUGGACGACAUUGAGGAUUUUGAAGAUGACGAUGACUUGGAAGAAGUUGACAGCCGAAGGGUUUCAAGACGAAUGCCAAAUGAUGCUUCUGAUCUUGUGGCUGUAUUGCCAAGUUUUUCUACAGGUGUUACUGAUGAUGAUCUUCGUGAAACUUCUUUUGAGAUCCUUUUAGCAUGUGCUGGAGCUUCAGGAGGUCUUAUUGUACCAUCAAAAGAAAAGAAGAAAGAGAAGAAGCCGUCCAGACUACUGAAAAAGCUUGGGCGUAGUAAAACUGAAAAUGUUGGAGCUGAGCCUCAACGUGCACCUGGCUUGGUUGGUCUAUUAGAGACUAUGCGUGUUCAAAUGGAGAUUUCAGAGGCAAUGGAUAUCAGAACAAGACAAGGCUUGCUUAACUCUCUUGCUGGAAAGGCGGGGAAAAGAAUGGACACCCUUUUGGUGCCUUUGGAAUUAUUAUGCUGUAUUUCGCGCACAGAGUUCCCUGACAAAAAGGCGUAUAUACGGUGGCAGAAAAGACAGUUAAACAUGUUGGAGGAGGGGCUUAUUAACCAUCCCGUUGUUGGUUUUGGAGAAUCUGGGCGGAAGUCCAAUGAAGUGAGGAUUCUUCUAGCUAAAAUCGAGGAAUCUGAGUUCCUUCCGGGAAAUACAGGGGAACUUCAAAGGUCAGAAUGUUUGAAGUCUCUCAGAGAUGUUGCUAAUACUCUUGCUGAGAGAGCAGCUCGUGGUGACUUAACUGGUGAAGUUUGUCACUGGGCUGAUGGCUAUCAUCUUAAUGUUCGGCUGUAUGAAAAGUUGCUGCUUAGUGUCUAUGACAUUCUGGAUGAGGGAAAGCUUACAGAGGAAGUGGAAGAGAUACUCGAGCUUUUGAAAUCGACAUGGCGUAUAUUGGGAAUAACAGAGACCAUACACUAUACAUGUUAUGCUUGGGUACUAUUUCGCCAGUAUGUGAUUACAAGUGAAAAAGGAAUGCUUCAACAUGCCAUUGAGCAGUUAAAGAGAAUUCCUUUGAAAGAGCAGCGUGGCCCACAGGAGAGGUUGCACCUGAAAAGCUUGCAAUCAAAGAUAGAAUGUGAAACAGGAUCUCAAAGUACCUCUUUUCUUCAAGCAUUUCUUGGGCCAAUCCAGAAGUGGGCAGAUAGACAGCUUGCAGACUAUCACCUGCAUUUUUCUGAGGAUUCGCACAAAAUGGAGAAUAUUGCAACUGUUGCAAUGGUUUCUAGGAGACUACUUGUGGAGGAAUCAGAAUCUUCUACUACUAUCAACGAUCAGGAACAAAUCGAGUCGUUUGUAAACUCGUCAAUUAAAAGUGUUUUUGCGCGGACAUUACAUGCUGUUGACACAAACUCAGAAACAGUACAUGAACAUCCGUUGACAUUGCUUGCUGAACAAAUAAAGAAAUUACUAAAGAAAGAGACUACAUUGUUUGUCCCAAUUUUGUCACAGUGGUAUCCACAAGCACUUGUUGUUUCAACAUCCCUUAUUCACAGGCUUUAUGGUAUAAAAUUGAAACCAUUCCUUGAUGGCGCUGAGCAUUUGACUGAGGAUAUAGUAUCUGUGUUUCCAGCAGCUCAUAGUCUUGAGCAGUAUAUUCUCGGGCUUUUGACUUCAACUUUUGGUGGUGAAGUUUCUGAGACCUACUGCAAAAAACUUGGGAGAUAUCAGAUUGAAAGUUUAUCCGGAACAUUAGUAAUGCGCUGGGUCAAUGCACAGCUGCAAAGGAUACAAAAUUGGGUUGAGCGUGCCAUUCAACAGGAGCGAUGGGAUCCAAUAUCACCUCAGCAGCGCCAUGGAACUUCAAUUGUUGAAGUCUACAGGAUCGUGGAAGAGACUGUAGACCAAUUUUUUGCCCUUAAAGUUCCAAUGGGUUCCGGGGAGCUCAGUAGCUUAUGCCGCGGUAUUGACAAUGCAUUUCAAGGAUACGCUAAUCUUAUUGUCGCUAAUUUGGCCAGCAAAGAGGAUCUGAUGCCACCUGUGCCCAUCCUCACACGAUACCGGAAGGAAGCUGGUAUUAAAGCUUUUGUAAAGAAAGAGCUUCUGGACCACCAGAAAAUCCCAGAAGAGAGAAAAUCAAGUGAGAUAAGUGUUCUGCCCACACCAGUUUUGUGCGUCCAACUAAAUACUCUUCAUUAUGCAGUUAGUCAUCUUGGUAAGCUGGAAGACAGCAUUUCUGAGUGUUGGUUGAAGAAGAAGCCUACUGAAAAGUUUACGAAGAAGACUUUGGAUGAGAAAUCAAAAAGCUUCAGCCAAAGGAAUACUUUUGAGGGCAGCAGAAAAGAUUUUAAUGCUGCUAUUGACAGAAUUUGCGAAUAUACUGGGACCAAGAUCGUUUUUUGCGAACUAAGGGAACCCUUCAUUGACAAUUUGUACAAGCCCAGUGUUUCUCAAACUAGAUUGGAAGCAUUAAUCGAGCCGCUUGACCUGGCGCUAAAUCUGCUAUGUGCAAUAAUCAUGGAGCCUCUACGUGAUCGACUUGUGACAAGUCUUCUACAAGCAUCUAUUGAUGGUCUGGUACGUGUUUUGUUAGAUGGAGGCCCAUCUCGCAUUUUCUCCCAGAGUGAUGCCAAACUGUUCGAAGAAGAUUUAGAUAUUUUAAAGGAGUUUUUUAUUUCUGGAGGAGAUGGUCUUCCUAGAGGAGUUGUGGAAAAUUUAGUGUCACGUGCGCGGCAUAUAGUACAAUUGCAUGGAUAUGAGACGCGGGAAUUGAUUGAAGACGUGAAAUCCGCAAGUGGGUUAGAACUACAUGGAGGGAGAAGUAAACUAGGAACUGAUGCUAAGACCUUGCUGAGAAUAUUGUGCCAUAGGGGUGAUUCAGAGGCUUCCCAGUUUGUUAAGAAACAAUUCAAGAUACCAAAGUCUGCUUUUUAAGUGUAUAAAUGCAGUCAUUAGAAAGUACAUACGAUACAGAGAUCGAUUGUGUACGUGGUUGUAGACUUGUAGAGAGCUGUAAUCUGACCUGAGCUUUUUCUGUAGCACAGUAUAUGAUCUGAUCUUUGCAAGUCCUCUUGCCAUUUAUUGUAUUUGUUAGUUCUUUUUGUACCAUGUAA